UAGACUUGCUGUAUCCAUUCUGUGCCUCGUUGAGAAGCCUAGCCUAUUCGACAGGUACAGUCUCGGACUUUGUUUAAAGAAGCUGUAACUGGUUGAUAUUAUACAGCCUAAAUUUGGAAGAGACCCUGUAACGAGAAGAAACUCGCCAAUGGCAGUGACUGUGAACUUCUUCAGAAUAUUGGCUGUUUGUUCAUGCCUCGCGCUGGCUGUUGGCAUAUGCAGGAAAGAUUGCGCUCUCUGCAUGUAUCGCCGCGAAGGAACCACUAAAGCAAGUAGUUUGAGCUGCACUCUAGAAUGUGAAGGAGGGGUAGACAACCAGAACCUGGACAUGUGUAGAGACGUCCUGACGGAGGAGGAGCGCACAGCUGCCCUCCAGCUACAGGGGAGUGAGGGUGAAGCAGAGCGCCAGCACCAGCUGACUAAGAAGUACGGAGGCUUUAUGAAACGCUAUGGUGGCCUCGUCAUGAAAAAGACAGCAGAGAUAGGGGAUGACACCGGAGCUCAUUUUGAUGGAGAGGACACUGAGCUGAUGAGCAAACGUUAUGGGGGCUUCAUGAAGAAGGACGCAACAGCCCAUCAGGAGGGAGGAGAGGCCAGGCAGCUCCAGGCUUUGAGGGAGAUCCUGAAUUUGGGUGUCAGGGAUGCCCAGAAUAGUGACGAAGCUUCUAAGCACUUUGAUGAUUUUAUGAGAGACCCACAGGAGAGCAAUAAAGAUAUGGGACGGGAUCUACAAAAGCGCUAUGGGGGUUUUAUGCGUAGAGUGGGCCGACCAGAGUGGCUAGUUGCUAAUAAGGUGCAUGGCGGAUUUGCAAAACGUUUUUUGGAGGAGACUGCAGAAACCAGCAUUCCGAAUAUGGAGAAGAGGUAUGGUGGCUUCAUGGAUUAGGCAUCUGAGGUUGAGUGAAAAAAUGGACUGCAAAUGAUUAUUUUUCUGUUUAGAACUAGUAUAUUACCUCUUUUUGCAUUCCCUGCUCUGAUUUAUAUUUGCUGCUGAGUUAAUAUUGCAUGUAGAUACUUCAUAAUAGAAGGUGUUUUGUUGUUUAUUCUUAAUAAACAAUUGUGGUGUUCAGAAAGAAACACAUAAAUAAAUUGAAUUGAAUACAGAAAUAAGUUAACUGUAAUAUGAUGAUGUGAUUGUGAAUGCAGUUUAUUUCAACUGGAUUCUGUUUGUUUCCCUUCCUUGAGUGUUUUAAUGCUUUUUGCACACUGUUG